CCUCUGUCCUGUGGGAGAUAAAUCAGCCUUUCAUGAUGGUAGAAUGUCUGCCUCCAUGCAGCACAGUUUGUUAUAAGAGCUGCGUCCUCAUGUGCAUUUGAUAGUCGAGCACAAACAUGGCAAGAGCUACUUUCAUAUUUCUGUGUGUUCUCCACCUGAACACAGUUUCUGGCUGUGAGCUGCUUGGCAGGUUUGACAUGCCGAGUUUAUUUCACCAGGGUGACAUAAUGAUAGGGGGGAUUUUUCCGGUUUUCAACAAAGAGGUAAGCAGCACUUCUACAUUCGAGAGGGAGCCUCCUGGAGUGAAGUGUGCAGGGUAAGAUUUGAUGUAUCUAUUUUUAUUGUUCAUGCUUGCAUGUUUAUUCUCAUCUUAUAAACCUGUCAGUGUAUGUACAUGUGCAGCAGCAGCAGCUCUGUAACUUCAUAAACCUCUUUAGAUUUGACCUCCGAGCUUUUCGAUGGACCCAAGUGAUGAUAUUUGCAAUUGAAGAAAUCAACAAAGAUCCUGCUCUCCUUCCAAACAUAUCUCUCGGCUACAGGAUCCUUAACUCUUGUGCAUCUCCUACUAAUGUUUUGCGUGCUGCUCUAACACUGGCCAGUAGACCAGAGGAGACAGAGUUUAAUUCUCCUUGCCCUCCAGCUAUGUCAGCCUUGAUAGCCGAGUCAGGAUCAUCUCAGUCCUUAGCUGUGGCUGGAACUCUUGGACCAUUUCAAGUGCCAGUAGUAAGUUACUUCUCAACAUGUGCCUGUCUGAGUGACAGAACCAAAUAUCCCACCUUUUUUCGGACCAUCCCCAGCGACUACUUCCAGGCAAAAGCUUUGGCAGCGUUGGUUAAACAUUUUGGUUGGCAGUGGAUUGGAGCCAUACAGUCAGACAAUGAUUAUGGGAGAAAUGGGAUCCUGUCUUUCACUGAAGAAGUCAAAAAGUUAGGAGUUUGUGUUGCUUUUGUUGGGACAAUUCUGCGCACGUACGCUAUGGAUAAAAUCCUGGAUGUUGUGGAAAUGAUCAAAAGAUCAACUGUUAAAGUCAUUUUGGCUUUUGUUCCUGAGGGUGACUUUUAUCCGUUGAUGAAAGAGGUGCUGAAACAGAACAUUACAGGAAUUCAGUGGAUUGGUAGUGAGGCUUGGAUAACAGCUGCUCGACCCUCCACACCUGAAAUCUAUCAAGCUUUUGGUGGAGCUCUGGGAUUUGUGGUGCAAAAGAUGGCAAUCCCUAAACUAAAACCAUUUCUUACAAAUAUCAGUCCUUAUACAGACCCAAGUGCAGCCUUUGCGAAGGAUUUCUGGGAGAUUAUGGUGGGCUGUAGACCUGUUUUACCAGGAGUACACAGAAAUACUGAGAAAAUGGAUAAAAUAUGCACAGGCAAUGAGACAUUAAUGAAUUCCCAGCAUGCGUUUUUCGAUGUCACACAGCUCAGAGUUACUUACAAUGUGUACAAAGCAGUGUAUGCCAUUGCACAUGCCCUUCAUCAGCUGAUAUUCUGCACACCAGCUGGAGAAAAACCUAUGAGGCCAUGCUUGAAUGUAUCACAAAUUCAGCCAAAAGAGGUAUAAAGAAAGAGCAAAAAUACCUUAAACUGUCUGACAGCAAACAAUAAAUAAGCAAUUUACACUAUUCCUUUUCUCAGGUCACUGAUUACCUCCAAAGGCUGAAUUUCAGGAAUCAGUUUGGAGAUGAUGUGUUUUUUGAUGAGA